UCCUCUCUCGGCCCAAAGACGAGAGGGUUUAUUCCGGUUAACAAGUUCCACCGCCGUCUCCCCUCCCAAAUCGUCGUGAUUCGCAUUUCUCCAUCACUCGACUCGACUGAUUUGUAUCUUCCUCUCCCACUGGUGUAACGGAGAUGCGAGGGAUCUCGAGUAGAUCGCUUUAUUCUUUGAGCCGAUCGCUGUUAUCACGCGUAAGUCACGGGAUCACAGUGGCGACAUCAGGUGGAUGCUCCCGGGAAACUCGUGCGCUAGGUUCACUGUGGUCUGCUCUUCAAAGCCGCGGCGUUAAAGUUAACGCCAUUCAGUUAAGGCCAGGGAACGUUAUUGAACGAACAGGACGUACUUUCCGGGUUGUAGAAUCAGAGCAUAAACAACAAGGCAGAGGAGGAGCCUCCAUACAGGUUGAGCUUCGAGAUGUUGACAACGGGAGCAAACUUAACCUGCGGUUUGGACCUGAGGAGUCCGUUGAGAAGGUUUUUGUUCAGGAGAAAUCGUUCACAUGUUUAUAUACUGAGGGAGAUACUGCAUUCCUGAUUGAGCCCGAUACGUUUGAGCAAGUUGAGGUGCCAUUGGACAUAUUUGGCAAAGCUGCUGUAUAUUUAAAAGAGGAAAUGAGAGUCCAGUUGCAGCUGUAUGAUGGAAGAGCUUUAUCUGCAUCUGUCCCUAAGCAUGUCACAUGCACGAUCCAAGAAACUCAACUUCCCAUGAAAGGCUUAACCUCAGCUCCUCGUUACAAGAGAGCUCUCCUGGAUAAUGGUUCUACUAUUCAAGUACCAUCUUAUCUGGAGGCAGGGGAAAAGAUUGUGAUAAACACUGAGGAUGAUUCUUUUGUCAAGAGAGACAACAAAUAAAACGACUUGCAUAGUCAAAAUGGCGCCGUCUCUUAUGGAGGAAGUUUUAUGUUGAGAAGCGUUUUAAUAGAAAGAUUAAGAUGCUAAUGUUACUGUUAUUCAAGUUCUCAUAAUCUAUGAACACCUUCAUUGAUUAAGGUGUUACAAUUUCUAUACGAAAAUUUACAGAUUCUUGUAAAACAUGAGUGUGUGUCUGUCUUUCAAUAAAAGCGAGGGCUUUGAUCAAAACUUAGAAUGUUGA